CUAUAAUCGUGGUGUCCCUCUCGCGGUUCAAGCGAAGGCAUAUAAGGUGGGAUGUUGCUGCCACUGCUUCAUCAGUUCCAAAUAAACGCGAGAAGUUUAAGGUCGGCCGCCAUUAUGAAGAUCCUCGUGAUACACAUUCCUCUCGUAAUUGCUCUCUGCUGUUCUCUGCCCAACGUCUCCGGGAAGCCUUUGACCGUCGACGACGACGAGGAGGAGGAUGCGCACGAAUACGAGUCGGCCGCCACCACCAUCACCCAAUUGGACGACACCGCGAAAUUGGAGGACGCCGUUCUGAAGGAUGUCGAGACGAGAGCUGGGAUGCGCGACAAAAUGCCGAUUUUGCCGCCGAUAAUUCUUCUCGACUUCGCCAACGACACCGACGAGAACGAGAACGUCACCCACGUCGAGGAAAAAUCGAAACGAACGGUGGACAAUGGUCUCGGUUACGGCCUCAACAACGUCCAGACCAGAAGAUACAAUUAUUAUUUCCCAGCAGGGAAGAGUGGAACCACGGUGAGCAUCGAGGAAUCGAUCAGCCCUUUCCUCCCGAAAACCAUAAUCGAGAGGGUGCCCGACAAUCACAGUCCGCAGAAAACGUCCAUCAAGAGCGUGGUCCACCACAACUCUUUCGCCAUGUCCACCUCUUUCUCCGAGAUAAACUCUCAAAAUGAAAGGAGCCAGCACGGCUACCUGAAUCUUCAUCGAUCGACCAAACCCCAACCCUUGACGUUCGGAUUACGCACGAAGCCUCAAAACGCGAACGAGAACUACCGAAGCUUCUUCACAACUGCGAAACCGGGCGUUCUGAGCUCGUUGGAAAUUCAAAAUUCGGGGUACACGAGGGACGAUGGAGCGGCGAUCACCACGACCCAAUCACCGAUCGCGGGCACGGCGCGAUACGUGACUUCCAGCCAGGUCAACUUCGCCAGGAAUCAGCAGACUGGUAGUUCGUUGAGCUACGUCACGCCAGAUCCCCCGUUAUUCCGUAACGGGGAAACUUACAUCGGUCGGAAUCACGUUCAAUCCAAUAUCAAUUCUCACUUCGUCCCUCAAAGUGCCAUCGUGGACUCCUCCACCACCUCCCCCCUCACCUACAAUCCCUCCUCUCCGUUCUCCCCCGUCAGCCAGCAGCAAGCUGGGAACACCGUGCCCAAAUACACGGUGGAGAAUGGGGUGCGUUACGAGAACAAAGUGUUCUGGAAGUAUCCGGACGGCAGGGUGUCGGACGUGCCACCGGCCACCUACGUCGAGACGACUUACCCUCGAGAAUAUCCCCGCGAGUCGUUGGCGGCGCGGCAAUCCGGAAAAUCCCAGGAUUCCCGUUCGAUUUACGAGAGCGAGAUGGGGGGGCCGCCGGUGGCGACGUCUGAAAACAGCAUUCUCUCGCAGAGGCCGAUGCAAUUCCCCACGAUAUCCGAGGAGGCGGGCAGAGAGCCAAACCCGUACAUCUCCGCCGAAUCCUUGUCGACGAGUUUGCCCCAGCAACAAGUGUACCGGUUGAGUUAUCAGAAUCUGGUGAGCCAAAGGCAGAUCGCGAGUCUGGCUCAACGGCACAAGGGGAACGCGCCCUCCUCUUCGUUGGCCAAGACCAGGCCCAGGCCCGACACGAACAAUUACCAGCAAAAUUUGUCCAGAUACAUGGUGGACAGCCCCAACCCCGAAUACACCGCAAGUUACACGACCGAGGCAAGCGUCAACACCACUAAGCCUUUCUUCGCCUCAACCAAUUCUAUCGCCUCCGUAACGUCCAAGUACAGGCCCAAGGUGCAGAGUUAUCUGGAGAAGGUGUUGGCGGGGGACGAGGAAGAAUCAACGGGAGAGAAGAAAGGUUUCGACAACAACGAUUUGAGCAGCUACUCGAACCUGCAAUAUUCGGAUCUGUUGAAUUACAAUCCGUCCAUAUCGGAGUAUAUAAGGAAUCCUUCGUCCAUAUUGAACGUAAGACCGACUUUCGUGCAGGCCGGAAACUCUUUGAUACCGGUCAUCAUACUCAGAGUGGAUGGGGCAUCCCCUAUUCAAACCAAGAGCGCGCAGAACAUUAAUCUGAAGGCUCUGUUGCAACGAUACCUGAUCCAGUACGCCAAGACCAUUCAACAAUUGGCCGUACCUUCCCCCUAUAACGUUGGAACUACGGAACGAUCGUUCGGCAAACGUCCAGCGUACGGGAUCGACAAAAAUCCUCCUGGCCUGGAUCUGAUCCGAUUGACCGAGGAUGACGCGCGUCACUCGUCGACUUACAAUUCGAAUUCGUACGUGGGGAAAUCGAGCUACGAGACGAGCAAUUUGGAAGAUUCGAAAGACUUUGUCAACGGUCGUUACGGGGAAGGUUCACGGGGCAGGCAGAAGGUGAAGAACGUUCAGAUAAUUGACGAUCCGAGAUUCACGAGUUACAAAACUAAUUGAAAAAAAUUUGAGAAGUUUGGAUGCAAAGAGGUGUAAAAUCUAGAUGUACCUGAGAGCGAUCUAUUAUUUUGUAAGGAGCGUUGUUGAAAUUGAGAAGAACGAGAUGUAAUUGAUAUAUAUAUAUACAUAUGGUUUAAGGAUAGUUGUUUGGUAGUAUUUAUGAUUAUUUCGGGAUUGUGCAAUAAUAAAGUUGGACCUUCGAAAUUUCGAAGAGUUGGCACAUCGUUGCUGCUGAUUGACCAAAUUUCUCACUUCAAUAAGGUACCUUAUAAACUUAGUUAUUAAGGAUCUGGUACUAAACGAUUUACGCUUUUGUAUACAUUCCUAUCUUUUUAAUUGAAUAAACGUUUUCAUCGAGGCAAAA